GUGUGUGUGUGUGAUGUGCUUACAUGUUAAAUGGGAGGCAUGUGAAAACUCUAAACAGUUUUAUUAAGAUCUCCUGCUGCUUCUAAUCAGAUUUGUUGCACAAAGGCCUUUCUGUGUGUGUGUGUGUGUGUGUGUGUGUGCCAACCUUAUUGAUGUCACAAGAUAUUUCAUGGAACAGAGUUCAUCCCUGCUUCACUCACUCAGUUUAGGGACUGAAGCAGAGCGAGCAGGACUCCGGAGGUUCUGGGAAAAAUAAAAAGUCUUAAAGUAGAGAUUUAGAACCGAGUAAACAUUUUUCUUGUCAGCGUGAAAUUCGUCUGGAGCUCAUCAUGGUUCGCUUAUCGGUCGCUGGAGUAACCUCGCUGGUGCUGGUUUCCAUGGCGAUGCCAGUCUUGGUGUGUGGGGGGCAAGAGAGAAGCGAGGACUCACGACUCACACACACUCAUUUCACACAUAAUCAGUAUUACACUCCGCAGACUGGAGGAGUGAGGAGCAUGACUUUUGAAAAGACGCCACGUAAUGAGAUGUUGGAGGAGCAUCAGUACAGCGUGCAGGUUUCUGGGCAGGAAGUUCGUGAUGUAAACCCUCAUCCUACACAUCAACCUGCCACCAGAACCCCUCACGCUGUACAGUCGGGUACGGAACACAUGCAGGAUAACGAGUGUAACGAGGUUAAGUGUAAUGGGUACGGUAGCGACGUAAAGAAUCGCUCUGGCGUGGAGAUGAACGGAGUCACGUGGGAUCACGUGUCAGACGUUAUGCCGGAGUUCAGUGAUGUCAUACACACUCACACUGAAGGCCCGCUCGUGUUCACGCUCUCCGGUCCGGUCCGUGGACUGACUCUGGAUAAAGCUCACGUGUUUUAUGGAAUUCCGUACGCAGCUCCUCCUGUAGGCCCGAGGCGCUGGGCUGCUCCUGAACCCGUGUCUCCAUGGACAAAGACGUACGAUGCCACGUUCUCUCGGCCGGCGUGUAUGCAGACGUGUGCAGGGGAAUUCUCAGAAGUGUGUCCUUACAAGGUGAGUGAGGACUGUCUGUACCUGAACAUAUACGUUCCUGUGAGUGCGAAUCUCUCUCUGAAGGAGGCGACUCAACUUCCUGUCAUGGUGUGGAUCCACGGAGGAGAUUUCAUCGCAGGCUCCGCCUCCAAACCUCUGUAUGACGGACGCUUCAUCAGUAACUAUAGCAACACAGUGGUGGUAAAUUUGGAGUAUCGUCUGGGAGCCUUUGGGUUCCUGGUGACGGGAAAAGAUCCGGAACGAUCCGCAGUGGGAAAUUACGGAAUUCUGGAUCAGCAGGCUGCACUGCGCUGGGUCCAGAACAACAUCGCUGCAUUUGGUGGAGACCCAAAGAAGGUGACUCUAUUUGGAGAAAGUGCUGGUGCUCAGUCAGUGUGUUUACACCUGAUGAUGCAGAGCAGCAAAAAUCUAUUCCGACACGCAACCAUACAGAGCUCGCCUUUCUCCAUCCCCCUCAAAACCAGGUGGGAUGCAAUGAAGUUGGGAAGUAACUUUCUGAAACAGACGAACUGCUCAGCGUCUGACCUGCAAUGUUUACGCUGCCUCAGCACACACACCAUCCUACAGGCCCAGGUUCAAUCAGGUUCUAUAGUCAUCAACCCGUUCCGCUUCCUGGAGAUGUUUGAGACAUGGGGGCCGUAUGUGGAUGGAGAACUGAUCACGGAGCAGCCGAUUGCAGCUUUCCAGAAGGGUCGCUGGCAGAGUUCUAAACCUGUACUCAUGGGAACGACUUCUGAAGAAGGCGUGAUCUUUGUAUACAGAGCUUUCAAUGGUUCAGUGUCAGUGUUGGAGUGUAUCAUCUACACCACCGCCAUCUUCAAACAGCACACACUCAGAGUCCUACAGAAGUACCUUCCUAUCUACAGUAAAGAGGACAAACGGGCGAUGCUGUCUCAGAUUGUGACUGAUUUCGUGUUCUUGUGUCCGGCUCGACGGUCUGCACGCUCUGCCCUGAGGAUGGGCGGGGCCGUGUGGAUGUACGUGUUUGACCACGCCCCUUCAGAUCACAGAAUAUGGGCAGGGACUCCUUUCUGUUACGAUCACGUCUGUCAUGGGGCGGAGCUUCCGUUUCUGUUUAACUCGGCUCCUGUGGCCAACUUCAGCUUCACGGCUCAGGAGAGUCGCCUGGCAGAUCAGAUGGUGUGUUACUGGGGGGCGUUCGCUCACUCUGGAGAUCCGAACUCACGCAGAGAACACACACAUUUCUGCAGGGAGCAGAGGCUCACCACCUGGGAGAAGUACUCAGCUUCUGAAGGAUGGCCUGUUCUCAACCUCACUCUGCAUUCUCACCGUCAGCACAGAGGCCGAGAUCAAUUCUGUGACUUCUGGGAUCGUCUGGAUAUUUACUGAGGAAAGUCUCACAAUAACGCAGUGAAAAGGUCAAAAACCACAGAGCUGGGAAAUAAAUAAAUAAAUAAAUAUAUAAAUAUAUAAAUAUAUAUCUUAAAUGUGCCUUAAUAAUACUAAUAAUAAUAAUCAUCAUCAUCAUCAUCAUCAUCCUUUUCUUCUGCUCUAUAAAAGAAUCAACAGUAAAAGACACACAGCUGUUUGUCCUGAUAAGUUCUGUGUAAUAAACUUUAUUAAUGUGGAAUUUUCUCACUGCAGCACACACACACACACACUCACACACACACACACACACACACACACACUCUCACACACACACACUCACUCUCACACACACACAC